AUGGACUACCGCGAUGAGUCGGUAAAGUCUCUGAUCUCGGAACCCUCGGAACAUAAUCAGUCAUCUACUUCAGCACUUCUACCGUCCGGAGUAACUCAAUGCGAGCAUGACAUCAGACCACGACCAAACCGAUUCUCGUACCUACUUACGGCAACCCUGGUAGCAACGAUUUUGAUGUGGUUAUCAACUUUCACCUGGUACUACUAUCACAACAAAGCUGUCUCUCCCUUUGCACUCAUAGACAGAGGGAAUUGCGGUCAUUCGGUAGAAGAAGCAAAGGUCAAAGAUUGCGUUUUCGACAUCAUGCUAUCGGCUUGGGUGCCAAAGCCUUGCUACGACAAGGAGCUAUCUGAUAGCAUCCUUGCAGCAAACAACUUUACCUAUUGGGACUCAAACAAUGGGGGACAGGAGGUCUCCGAGGAAGAAAUACGGAAAGGGGAAUUCAAUAUUCGUUAUACCCACGGAACGUACCAUGCCCAGCACUGUCUCUACCUCUGGAAACUCCAGAUGAAAGCACAGAAAUCGAGUGUUAGGGUGCUGGACUCACUCUCAAGAAACCAGAUGCACAUCGCGCACUGUCACAAGGUUUUGUCCAUGGACCUUUCAGAACGUCAUAUCCAGAGACUGAAAUCGAAGGGCGGAACACCGAUAAACGGUGUCAAGUCAUUCUUGACAUGUUCAGAAGGUUGA